AUGAAACAAUGGAUAUUUGUCUUAAGCCUUUUAGGAACGUGCUCUGCUUUGCCGAUACUGCCUCGUCAUGCUGGGAUUCCUGGAAUGGGUAGUAUAAGCCUUGAGGGUAUGAGACAGCUUGGUGGACCAAGUAUACCAAAUGUAUUCCCUCAGUAUGCCCAGACUUAUAGCUAUGCUGAUCCAUUUCAUUCAAUGUGGAUGCACAAUUUCCUACCAUCCCAUUCAUCAUUCUACUUGAUAAGGCAAAGAUCUCAACCUGAAACUCAACAGUAUGAAUACUCAAUGCCGGUGCACCCUCCUCCAUUGCCAUCUCAAACACCCACUCUGCUUCAACAACCUGGGAUGCCAGAACAACCUAAUUACCAUUACACACAUUUCAUUCCUACAAGGCAAGUCCAAAUACAACAUUAUGAUGUACAGCCAGCGUUUCAGCCAAAACCGUUUUCUCCAUCAGAAGGAAAUCAACCAGAUGUUCAGCAACAGCUAUCACCAGCAGACAGACAGCAGUUACCUGCUGUACAAGAAUAUUCAGGGACAUUGGGCCAGGCCGUCUACCCUGGUUUAUUUGGAACUCAGCAAAACUCAGCCCAACAACCACAGCAACGAUCUAUUUACCCCAAUUUGCAAUAUAUGUCUUAUGUAGCAAACCAAGGAGCUCCUACCAGAUUAGGAGUAGUAAGCUCAGAAGAAAUGCAGGGUGGGGGAUUUGGUGCACCAGCCUAUCGGGCAGCAGGCCCCCAUCUCUUUCCCAUGGAUGCUAGAUUUGGGAAUAUGCCACUGAAUAGAGGACAACCAGGAGAUUACACAGUUGAAGAUGAUCAGCUGGGCAUUACAGAACAGCCUGAAGUUCAAGGAGGAGCUAAUCUAGGGUCCAACCCUUCAAGCAGAGGAAACAAUGCGAUCCCUGUGGAUGGCAACCCAGGGGUUGCCUUGCCCAAUGCCAACAACAACCUGUUAAACCCUGCUGGUCAGAGUAAAGGGCAGGCAGGUGCACCCCAAGCCACUGCAUUGCCUCCAGCAACUCAUGAUAGCUUCAUUCCUUUGGAGGCUGCUGACCCUGCCAUGCCUUUGGAGCCUACCAUGUUUCCCGACUCCUUUUACUCAACCAGUGCAGGAAAUGAGGCUGGCCAGCCACAAGUCAGUCAAAACAGCUGGCAUUUCCAAGAGCCCUGA